UAAAGGGAACAGCAAACUUGACUACUUUGUAUGGAGAAACCAUUGUUAUGCCAUGCAAUGGUGGAGCUCCACCACCGAAAGAUCUGAUGUUCAUCAAGUGGAAAUAUGAAAAAGAUGAUGGCACACCUGGUGAUCUGUUAAUCAAACAGGCUCACAGUGACCAGGCCACAGUUCAGGCCACAGAUGGUUAUGCUCAACGGGUCAGCAUCAAUAGGCACUUCAGCCUGCUCAUUACCCAGGCCUCACUCAAAGACCAGAGGACUUUCACCUGCAUGGUGGUGUCAGACGCCAACCUCAUGGAGUAUCCCGUCUCUGUUGUUGUUUACAAGAAGCCAUCACCAGUGCGGAUUAUGGACAAAAGUAAAUUAUUACAGAAAGACAAAUUAACAGCAGUUGGAACAUGUGUUGUGGCAGAAGCAAACCCUCCAGCCACUAUCAAGUGGAGAAAAAAUGGACAACUUUUGAAAGAUGAUCAAAAAUCUGUUGUGAUCACUAACCACUUGAAGCUGGAUCCUGACACAGGCCUAUCCACCAUGCUCUCCACCCUCCAAUAUGCAGCCACCAAAGAGGAUGCUGAUGCAAUCUUUGCCUGUGAAGCCACACACACACUGAUUAAUCAGGAGACUGAGCUGGAACCUUUUCCCAUUCACUAUCCAUCGGAGCAGGUUACUCUCCAGAUUAUGUCACAGCCGUCCAUAAUAGAAGGAGAUAAUGUGACACUAAAGUGUACUGCUGAUGGCAACCCUCCACCUAGAUCCUUCUUUUUUCACAUUAAGGGCACGAAAGUGCUGGUUGAAAAUUCGGACAAGUACACUGUAACUGCCAUCAACAGAAAGGAUACGGGUGAAUACAAAUGCUCACUGGUUGACAACGAGAAAGUGGAGGCCUCCCAGAACAUUGUUGUUAGUUACCUGGACCUAAAUCUGAGUCCCACUGGAGAGGUUGUGAAGAACGUUGGGGAAACCCUGUCUGUGAAGAUAGAGAAGAGUACCUCAGGUGAUGCUAAAGAGUUAUGGAAAAAGAAUGGAAAGAUGGUGAAGAGACCAGAGUUUAGUAAUUUGACCUUUGGCGAUGCUGGAGACUACAUCUGUGAAGUUUCACUGACUGGUCUGACACGACGUCAGAGCUUUCAACUAGUCAUAGAAGGAAAGCCUCGGAUCACCAACCUUACUAAAUAUCGUGCUGCUGAUGGCAAAGACACAGUCCUAACCUGUGAAGCUGAAGGAGUACCAAAACCCCAGUUCCAGUGGAGCGUCAAUAACCCAAUAAAGGAGGAGAGCUCCUACAUCAAUGGCAAAGUGAUUCAUAAAAUCACCAUAGUCCCCAAGGAGAACUUGACUAUCACUUGCACUGUCAGUAACCGCCUGGGACAACAUGCCGAGACAAUCAGCGUUUCCUCUGUUUUUAAGGAGGAAAAUAAAGGAAGAGGAUCUCGAGAAGAUCGGGACCAAGCAAAGCUCAUAGGGGGUGUUGUGGCAGGGCUCGUCCUAGUUGGUAUUACAGUGGGACUCAUCUGCUGGCUCUGCAGUAAGAAAUCAAGACAAGGAACCUGGAAAACCAAGGAGGAAAUAAAUAGAUCUCAUGAAAAUGAGAAACUAACGCCCAUUGACUGUGUUUAAAAGGCACUAGCUGAAGAGGUUAUUGCUGCACGACACUACCAACUGGUCAUCUGCUGUGAGCUUGAAACUUUGUUUAUACUAUAAAACUAUUUGUUUCUACCUACUUUUGUUUGAACAAUUGAAUUCUGACAACCAGCCCAACACCAACAGAACACCUGUUGGUGUCCUUCUGCUCUAUGGAUUUCUCCUUUGGUUGCUACCUACCCAUAAAUGGUUUCAGAAGGAUUACACUAAAGAGACCCGCUACAAUCGACUAGCUCUGGAUCUUUUUCAGCUCAGCCAGAAAAUAGCCACGCUGGAAAGUUGGAUUUCCAUCCUUCACCAAAGAUGGGAGAAUGAACUGCUGCUGGACUCCCUGGAAAAACCCACCCUGUGUCAACCCACCAAUACUUCUGUCACUCCCUGCAAUUGUUCAUCUGUCAAAACAAAAACACAAAUUAAUUCAUCAAUAAGCGGCAUGUCAGCACAGCUGAUACAUUCAUCAGGGAAUUUUCAAAGUGUACAUUACCAUUCCUGUUAUCCUGUGAUGAAAUGAUGGACAACUUCUCUAAUACAAUUGCUCAUGUUAUUGAGAUUAUUGCUCCUGUAAAAACUAUUGAUAUAUAUGGUCCACCAAAAGUACCCUGGAAAAAUAGUGAAAGAUGGCAAAAAACACUGCAGGAGAGUUGAGAGAAAAUAAACUACAAAUUAAUUAAUUUAGAAAUCUAUGAAAAAUGCGCUAUACUGCUAGAAUAAUUAAAUUAACCAGAAAAUCCUAUGUCUCCCAAGUGAUCAACAAUAACCAGUCUAAUUCUGCUUUUUUUUUCAUCCACUGAUGAAGUAUUUUAUCCCUCCAAAACCAUGCUAACUGAAUUUCCUUCAGUAAAUGAGUGUGAUGAAAUUAAAUCAUUUUCUAAAUAUGAUAAACGGCUCUCUCCACUCUGGUAAGCAAGCGUUCUGGUGACAGUGGGAAGGAAAAACUACCUUUUAACAUUCAGAAACCUCCAGCCGAACCAGGCUCAGGGAGGGGCGACCAUUUGCCUGAACUGGUUGGGGGUGAAGGGAGGCGACAGGAUAAAUGCUAUGAAGAGAGUCUGAAAUUACUAAUAACUAAAAAUUAAAUGCAGAGUUGUGUAUUAACACACAGUAAAUAAAAAAGGUGACUGAAGAGGAAACACUAUGUGCAUAAUGGGAAUUCCCCAGCAACCUAGACCUAUUGCAGUCUGAGGCCUCAGAUCCAGCCCUAACUAUAUGCUUUACAAAAAGGAAAGUUUGAAGCCUAAUCUUAAAAGUAGAGAUGGCAUCUGUCUCCUGAAUCCAAACUGGAAGCUGGUUCCAUAGAAGAGGGGCCUGAAAACUGAAGGCUCUGCCUUUCAUUCUACUUUUAAAUACUCUAAGAACCACAUCCACAGUCUGAAGGCUAUUUUACACUGAAUGUGCUGCAUAAAAACAACAGAAAAUUCAGGUUUUUCUGGAUCCAAAUUUGUUGUGGAACCUUGGCAUAAUUUUGGAUAGGGAUCUCAAUUUUGAUAAUGCUGUUUCCAGAAUCAGAUCUGAGUAUGCUUAAGGUGCUUUUAGGUACUGGGGUCCUCUUCUUUGGAACAAGCUACCUGCUCACCUGAUCAGUUACAUCUGUGUGUAAAUUCAAAAUAAGACUUAAUCAUUGUAGGCCUGUGUAAAUAAAGAGGUUUUAAGUGUUAUUUUGUUUUGCUUCAUUCAGUUUUGUUUUAUUCUGUUUAGCCAAUUUAUUUAUUUUUUUACUGUGUGAAGGCAUUGUAAACCUACUGUUUAAUGUGUCCUUAUUUUCUGUGUUAACAAAUAGUUCAUGUAAUGAAAUGUAGCAGCCUGGGAUCGAACCAUAAGUCUUCCAAUUAGGAGAUGACCUACUUCCACAGACACCCCAAAAUAUGCUUUUAGUUUGAAUAAGCCUAUUUUUUGCAGACUUGGACCCAACUGGGUCUUGGCUCAAAUCAGAACAGAUUUGGACUGAAGGUGGGGACAGCAACUGAACACUGGAGGGGGGAAAGAUGAGAACUACAACCAAAUGCAGCCAAAUGCCUCAGCAGUGUGGGCUAGACCCAGCUCACUCAUCUUGCAUGUACUUCCUUAUUUUUUUUCUUUUUCUAUGUGUAUAAUUAUUUUUAUUUUCAUUUAGUUCAGUUAUUUAUAUUUAGUUAUAUAUAUUUUCCCAUUUGAAGUGAACUAGCAUGUAAGAAUUUCAUUGCUGAGCGUAACCACUGUUUUCCAGUGUAUGUGACAAUAAACUAUUAAUUCUUGA